UGAAGUCCGGGGCGCAUAGCGGGCUCGGAGCACUUGCAGUACGCGGGCUCGCUCGGAGUAAGCUGCCGCUGUUCACUGUUCCUAAGCUCAGACCAGCAGACCAGGGCGCGCCCUGCUUUUCUCCUUCCCUCCGCUGCUGGCAGUCCUGCGCACCUUACGGAGGCUGAAUGACGGGUCCUUGUCGGGUCAGCAGUUGCUUAGGACUCUCAGGGAGCUGAGCCCCUGCCAAGAAGAGAUUGGCAGCGGGGCACUCUCAGUCAAGGCUUGCGGACCUCCAGGGACGGCCCCGCCCCCUGGGGGGGACAGCUUGGGGGGCCAUGUCUGCCAACUUGAGCCACAGCUUUCUAAACACCACUACUCAGAAGAGUGAAGCGUGGAUGGUGGGCUUGGGCAUUGUCAUGUCCAUCAUAGUCCUGGCCACUGUCUUUGGCAACGUGCUGGUCAUCACAGCCAUCGCCAGGUUUCAGCGUUUGCAGACUGUCACUAACUACUUCAUCACAUCACUGGCUUGUGCUGACCUGGUUAUGGGGCUGGCCGUGGUACCUUUUGGUGCCAGUCACAUCCUCAUGGAAAUGUGGAACUUCGGGAACUUUUGGUGUGAGUUCUGGACCUCCAUUGAUGUUCUGUGUGUCACAGCCAGCAUUGAGACCCUCUGUGUUAUUGCUGUGGACCGCUACUUCGCCAUCACAGCACCCUUUCGGUACCAGAGUCUGCUUACCAAGGGCAAGGCCAGGGUGGUCAUCCUAGUGGUCUGGGUGGUAUCGGCCCUCACCUCCUUCCUGCCCAUUCAGAUGCACUGGUAUCGUGCCAGCCACAAGGAAGCUCUCUUGUGUUAUGAGGAGGAGACCUGCUGUGACUUCUUCACUAAUCAGGCUUAUGCCAUCGCUUCCUCUAUUGUGUCCUUCUACGUGCCUCUGGUGAUCAUGGUAUUUGUGUACUCCCGGGUUUUCCAGGUGGCCAAGAAGCAACUUCAGAAGAUUGAUAAAUCUGAGGGCCGCUUUCAUGUCCAGAACAGCAGUCAGAUGGAGCAGAAUGGAAGGACAAGUCACCGAAGGUCUUCCAAGUUCUGUUUGAAGGAACAUAAAGCUCUUAAGACUUUGGGUAUCAUCAUGGGGACUUUUACCCUCUGUUGGCUGCCUUUCUUCAUUGUCAACAUUGUCCAUGCAAUACAGGACAACACUGUCCCCAAAUAUGUGUACAUUUUUCUGAACUGGGUGGGCUAUGCCAACUCAGCCUUCAACCCGCUGAUCUACUGUCGGAGUCCCGACUUCAGGUAUGCCUUUCAGGAGCUCCUCUGUUUCAGGAGGUCAGCCCUGAAGCUCUAUGGCAAUGGCCACUCCAGCAACAGCAAUGGGAGGAGUGAGCCCAAUGGGGAGCACGGGAGCUAUCCCACUGAACAGGAGAAGGAGAUGGAGCUGCUGUAUGAAGACCUCCCAGGCACUGAAGGCUUUUUGAACUGUGCAGGUACUGUGCCUAACGCUAGCGCCGGCUUAGAGAGCCAGGAUCAGACUCUGGAUGAUACCCCCUUGUGACUGUCUCUCUGGUUGGUAAAAACCCUCAGCAAACCAAGCAAGGUGGGGAAAAAGAAAAAAACAAUUUUUUAAAGAACAACAACCAAAAAAAUCAAUCCAGCAAAAACAAUUCAUCACAAACCCCCAAACACUAAGCCUACUCUAACUUGUGGUCUAGAAAUGUCUAGUCAGCCUAUAGAGAGAUGGGCAGGAGGGAGGAGGACAGUUUUAGGCUAUUUAUUGCUUUUAAAUUAUCAGGAAACAGAACAACUCACCCACCGGUUCUAGGGAUUCCUCAUUUCUGUAAUAGUUGGGUUCUGCCUGGAAUGGAGUUUGGAAGUGUAUAUCCACUUCAAGGGUCUCAGACCUUGAGGACCUGGGUCUCGUUUGGAUGGCUUUCUCAUAGAUCUACCUCAUUUGUCAAGUAUUAGGGUUAGCAUACUUCUACUUGGGACAUCUAUCUGGAGGAGCAGGCCUUCCCCCAGGGCUUUGUGGAUGGAUGCUCCAGCUGGACCUGGCUGUCAAUGUGGAUUCAUCUCCUCCUCUUAUUUGCUCACACGGGCAGUUGGAGGCAGGGACAUAGAGGGGGCAGCUUCUGCUGUUGAAUGAGCAAAGUCUAAAGUUUACAGUAAAUAAAUUGUUUUGCUAUGACAUUACUGCACCUGUUUGUCCAAAUCCCCCAGCGGAACAUUCUUGUUGGAAACCACAGGUAACUGUUUGUAAUAACUGUCCGGUGACUUAAUGGUGAAUUAAUAGCAAUAAUAAUAAGACUUCACAUUUCUGUGGUGUUUGCCAGUUUUACCUAGUGCUAUCCCCCACAGCUUUGUGAGGUGUGCAGGGGAAAUAUCAUCUCUAUUGUAUUGAGGAGCUCAAGGCUCCGGAGGUGAAAGAAAGGACUUGCCUGUGGUCAUACCGCUACAAAGUGUGGAUAGGGACUUGAACCUAGGGCUUCUGCUCUAGCUCCAGUCUUCCUUUUUUGAUAGCGCACUUCCUGGAAUUACAUUUGCACAUAGCUUAAGUCUGUUGGCAUUGAGUGUUAUAAUAAACACAUCUCAAGUGA